AUGCUGCUUGGCCGACAAGCCGGGAACAAUGAUGCCCUGUGCCAGCCCAAACAAGAAGUGAAUGAGUACCGCAGGCAAAUUCAGAGUCUCACCUGUGAAGUGGGUGCACUUAAAGGAACUAACGAAUCCAUGGAACGUCAGAUGCGUGAGAUGGAGGAGAACUUUAAUCUUGAAGCUGCUAACUACCAAGAUAACAUUGCCCAACUCCAGAAAGUGAUCCAAAACAUGAAGGAAGAAAUGGCUCGCCAUCGGCACGAGUACCAAGACCUGCUGAAUGUAAAGAUGGCUCUUGAUAUUGAGAUUGCCACCUACAGGAAACUGCUGGAAGGAGAAGAGAGCAGAAUCACAAUGUCCUUUCCAACUUUUGCAUCCCUGAACCUGACUUGUCCUGUUCUCAGAUUGGAGACAGCCUCCCACCACUUCUCCCCAACCUCUGGAAGGACCAGACUCAAAUUCCUCACCUCUUGA